CUUUACCGUUAUGAUAAGACAUUCCAAUCCCUUGCUUAUUUUACUUGUUGGCCCGCUGUUUGAAACUUUUUUAAAGGUAGUAUUUUAAACCCUAUUAAACUGGUCAGGAAUUGACUGUUUAAAUAUCGGAGAGCUUCGACAGCCUUCUCGGUUUGAAUCAACAAUGUUCACUCAGAUAAGUAGACUGGACUCGGACAUCAGUGGGAUACAAUGGGCAUGGAUGUGGAAGAAUAGGACUGCAACUGGAAAGGAUCAAAUAUGGCUGCUCAGAGAAUCCGGGCUACGAAUAACAACAACGUGCUCCCCCGCUGCAAAUCAGAAGGCACCCUCAUCGACUUGAGCGAUGGGAUACCUGAGCCAAGCUUCAGUGAUGUCAAAGUGCCUUCUCCGAGUGCCUUACUCCUGGAUAAGUCUGCCUCAUUUGGAAAUGCACGAGAAGUUGUUGCCAUCAAGGACUACUGCCCCACCAGCUUCACUACUUUGAAGUUCUGCAAGGGAGACCAUCUGUAUGUGCUGGACACCUCCGGAGGAGACUGGUGGUAUGCCCACAACAAUACUGAAAUGGGCUACAUCCCUGCUGCCUAUGUCCUGCCGGUCAGCCAUCGUAACUCCUCUCUCAGUGACAGCGGGAUGAUAGACAUCCCCGGGGACAGUGCUGAUGAGGGAGCCAAAGAACUUGACUUCCUUGGGGAGUGGACGGAGGUCAUCGCAAAGCAGUCUACCAAGACGUACGAGAACAAUCCCUUUCUGAACCGUUCCUCCACCAACCCCUUUCUCAACGGGGUUGUGCAGUCACCGCUCGAUCAGAACAGUAGCGAGCAGACAGGUUUGAAAGCGGUGGACUUGCUUCUCUUUGACACCCUUUCCCCCAGCUCUUCCACCACCAACAGUUUCAGCAACAGCAUCUUUGACAACACUCCCUCUAGUCCCAAGCUGGAAGUGUGCCAAGCGCUAAGGCGGGAUAAUCCUUUCUUCAGGAGCAAGCGUUCCUACAGCCUUUCGGAGCUCUCUAUCCUCCAAGCCCAGUCCAAUGCCCCUCCGACCUCCUCUGGGUUCUUCUCCGGUUUGAAAGCCCCAGCCCCAGAGCAGUUCCAGAGCAGGGAGGACUUUAGGGCAGCUUGGUUGAACCAUCGGAAGCUGGCCAGAUCUUGCCAUGACUUGGACUCUCUUGGCCAGAACCCAGGCUGGGGUCAGACGCAACCGGUGGAGACAAACAUAGUGUGCAAACUGGAUAGCUGUGGUGGGGCCGUCCAGCUACCAGACACCAGCAUCAGUAUUCACGUACCUGAAGGCCACGUGGCUCCUGGAGACACCCAGCAGAUCUCCAUGAAAGCCUUGCUAGACCCACCGCUGGAGCUCAACACUGACAAGUACUCCACAGUGAGCCCUGUGGUGGAGAUCAAGCUGAGUAACAUGGAGAUCAAGACCUUUAUCACCCUGGAAAUGAAAGUGUCUGUGGAGGUGAAGAAGGACAGCAGAAACACAGCUGAUGUUGUCUGCGUUAGGAGUGAUUGCAAAGAAGGGCCUUACUCCCCGAUACCCCAAGCAUACAUCUAUGGGGACACUGUGCAGGUGCAGCUAGACAACUUGGAGCCCUGCAUGUACGUGGUGGUGAUCGUUCAAGCACAGAAUCUUACGCAACCCUCAACGGUAUGGGAUCAUGUGGUGAAGAAAGUCACUCUUGGUGUGUAUGGGCCUAAACAUAUCCAUCCCUCUUUCAAAACCGUGGUGGCUAUUUUCGGUCACGACUGCGCACCCAAGACCCUGAUGGUGAGUGAGGUGGGGAAGCAGGCCCACAGUGCCCCUCCAGUGGCCCUACAGCUAUGGGGGAAGCACCAGUUUGUGCUAGGGAGGCCACAGGACUUGAAAAUCGGAAUGUAUUCCAACAUGUCCAACUACGAGGUCAAAGAGAAUGAGCAAGCCAGGAUUGUACGGGGGUUCCAGGUGAAGCUGGGGAAAGUGAGCCGAUUGAUUUACGUGAUCGCAUCCCGCAACGCAGAUGACCUAUCGGACUUCACCCUCCGGGUUCAAGUGAAGGAUGACCACGAAAGCAUCCUAGCGCAGUUUUGCGUACAGACGCCUCAACCCCUGCCAAAAACAGGGAUACGGACCACAGGGCAGAGGAGGUUCCUCAAGAAGAAAGAGGUAGGGAAGAUUUUACUGUCGCCCCUCGCUGUAACAACUAAAUAUCCAGUGUUCCAAGAUCGAUGCAUCACCAGCUUGAAGUACGGCAAGCUCCUCAAGACCGUGAUGAGGCAAAACAAGAACCAGUACCUCUUGGAGUACAGGAAGGGAGAUGUGAUUGCGUUGCUUAGCGAGGAGAAAAUCAAAUUGAAAGGACAGCUGUGGACCAAAGAGUGGUAUAUAGGGUACUAUCAAGGCAAAAUAGGACUUGUGCAUGCCAAAAACGUGCUGGUGGUCGGCAAAAUCCAAUCUAGCUUUUUUGGGUUUGAUCUCACGACUACAAUGCUGCUGGAUCAGAUUUUGAAACCUUGCAAGUUCUUGACGUACAUCUAUGCGUCAGUAAGGACGAUGCUGAUGGAGAACAUCGGCAGCUGGAGGGCGUUUGCCGAUGCGCUGGGCUACUACAAUCUGCCACUGUCGUUUUUCUGUCGGACUGAUUUGGACAGUGAGCCGGAAAAGGUGGCCUCGGUGCUGGAGAAGCUGAAGGAGUAUUGCAACAACGGUGACGACAAAGAGAGGAAGUCCUUCCAGAAGUACCUCAUGACAGCCUUGCUGAAGAUAGACUGCCAGGGCCUGGUUGCCCGGCUCAUCCAGGACUUCGUGCUGCUCACCACGGCUGUGGAGCUGGCUGCGAGGUGGAGGGAGCUGGCAGAGAAACUGGCCAAGGUCUCCAAGCAACAGAUGGAUGCCUACGAAGCUCCUCAUAGAGACAAGAACGGGGUGCUCGACUCGGAGGCGAUGUGGAAGCCUGCCUAUGACUUUCUGCUGACCUGGGCUGCCCAGAUGGGGGACAGCUACCGCGAUGUGCUCCAGGAACUCCACAUGGGGCUGGACAAGAUGAAGAACCCUAUCACCAAGCGCUGGAAGCACCUGACCGGCACACUCAUCCUCGUCAACUGCCUGGAUGUCCUGAGAGCUUCAGCCUUCAGCCCGGCCGCACAGGAUGACUUCGCCAUUUAACACCCCGGAACACUCCAGAACACUCUGCCAGGGACUCAAUAUUCAUUUACUAUUUCAAAUAUUUUAAAAGCCUUUUUUUUUUUUUUUACCCCUCCCUAAAGAUAUUUUUUUGUUGUUGCCCAACCAUUUCUAAUAAAUCCUACUGACUGAACAAAAUACUUAGAAUGCCCAAUACAGGGCUUCCUCUUUUAUUUUAUUAUCUGACUUACACAGAAAAAAAAACAGUGAAAAAUUGAAAAUGGCGAAUUAGUGACGGGCCCUUAUACAGGACGAUAUAGGCCUUGUGCAAUUUACUGUCAACAUGGCCCAGCAGUGAAUUAUCAAAUGGUGAAAUACCCAGGGGUCACACGCCUCCAUCGAGAAUUUGGGACAAGUCCAGACCUGGGAGGUGGUCUGCUUUACCCCUUGCUUAUUAAAUAUCUUGUCAUCCCUGAAUAAAUAAUCACCAUGUCGUUCAACUAGUCUGUUAGUCGGUUGCUGUUGCAGAAACACAUUUUUUGGGGGGGCUAAAAUGAACUAAUGUCCUAAGUUUAGAAAUAAUAAAAUAACUUUGUUCAAUGACAGACAGUUUGACGAGGAGUCUCUCAGUGGCAUUGAAGACUAGGGGGUGCUGUUACUCGAGUAAUUACCUUUUUAAGAGGUAUUUAUCGGCAGAUAUUAAAUAAAUCUAUUUAUUAAUGUGUUGAUUUCAAAACAGAAAAGCUGACCUCCCCUCACAUUUACAAUUGAGUACCAACCAAUGGCAAUUAACUUCCACAUUAAGUGUUUUAAAAGCCAAUUGGAAUAUAAUUUUCUUAUCACCCUGGGUGCUGACAUUUUUACUUCUGUACUAUCUUAUCAAAGCUGUAAACUGACAAUGAUAUGUUGCUAAACUAGCAAAUGCAACUGAUUCAUGACGUACAUGUGACCUUUUCUUUACCCUCGAGCUACCGCCGUGGAAACUGGGAUGUAUUUCUUUGAGUUUAAUCGGCGGUUACAUUUUGCCCAGGAUUACAAUCCCAAAAUUCACUCCAGAGAUGACACGUUUCUAAAAAAGUGAAAAAAAAAAAAAGAUUUCCUAUCAAAAUUAU